GCAGCACGUAAAACAAAACAGAUGCCUCCACAAAUCAGCGACAGAGGACGUCAACGAAAUAAGCCACCAGUGCUCCCAGGCGGAGUGGAGUCUAUAUUUGUGUGAGAAGGUUGAAAAGAGACGAACAAACAACGACUUACCUAGACGGCCCUAGUUAGUAAGCUCCAAGAUACAUUUAGUAAUUCCGUCAAUACAAAAAGUUUCAAGAAAAAAAAGCUACGUUUCUCAGAUAAGGUCAGCUCACCCGGCGACAGACAUCACUAUGGCCCAGGAGACCAAUCAGAGCCUAGUUCCUACUCUCUGUGCUAAUGGCUGUGGUUUCUAUGGCAACCCUAGGACUAAUGGCAUGUGCUCUGUGUGCCACAAGGAGCAACUGUCAAGACAGAACAAUGGAGGAGUCAGUACUUUGAGUGCCAUGGGCAGCAGCAGUGGCCACGCAGCUGAGGCUUCUGCCAUCCAGAGGUUAGAGGCCACCUUGAAUAAUGCUGCAGCUGCUGCAGUCGCUGCUGCGGAGGUGGCAGCUGAGGCCGCCGCUUCCGCCGGGGCUGCUGCCGCCGAGGCACUCAGUGGGGUUUCAACUUCCAUGUCUGUAACGCAACAGAUGACUGAGAUGAGUCUCUCCUGUGAGGAGAAAGGAGCGUCGGGGAGCAAAGUAGAGCUUGCAGAGCCAGUGUUGACUCAGCCCACGUCCUCAGCCUCUCAUCCCUCCACUGCUGAGCAGUCUAAAGCCCCCGAGCCCCUGAAACCCAAGAAGAAUCGCUGCUUUAUGUGCCGCAAAAAGGUUGGCCUUACAGGUUUUGACUGUCGCUGUGGGAAUCUGUUCUGUGGACUUCACCGUUACUCCGAUAAGCAUAACUGUCCGUACGACUACAAAGCUGAAGCUGCUGACAAGAUCCGCAAAGAGAACCCUGUGGUUGUAGCUGACAAGAUCCAGAGAAUAUGAGGAGGACGCUCAGUUUUGACUUUGAACACUGGGAGCGAUCUCAAAAAAAAAAAAACACUCGAGCCCACCCUUCUUCCUGAAGGACCUGUUCCCCCCCCCCCCCUCGUUUGUUAAACAUUCAAGACUUUGUCUCCAGUGCAUGAAAGUUCACGUGUAUUUUCAGGUUUCAUUCUUGUUUUGUUUUGUGUGAGUUUAACACUUGGAAGGUUGUAUGUGGGGAGGGGGAGGGUGUCUAUAUCAUGGGAAGUGACUGAAGGAGAUUACUAAAGAAAAAGUCAUUACUGUUGAUGGCUGUGCAGGCUGUUUGGUGAUCCUCCAGAGAUCCCUCAAACUCUGCCUGGAAGGAGCUCGGACACUGGGCCUGUUUGGACUCAAGACUUUUACUGCUGUUGGCUGAUGGUGCCACCUCAGCCGUGCUUGCUCUCUGCUGGCUUGAGUAGCAAAAUGGAUAUUGUCUUUUUCUGUGUUUGGCCUCCACGUAACUCUGUGAGCUCAGAGUUUCACCCUCCUUACUUGUCAGACUUUGCGUCCUGGUAAGUUUUUAUUGACCUGAAAUGCUUCUCUGUGCCGCUGGAGUAUUGCUAAAAAAAAAAGUACGUUGAAAAAACAACAACUUUGUUGCUAGCCCUUUCUCGCUGGCUCAUAUUCCUGUGUGUGUGUGUGUGUGUGUGUGUGUGUGUGUGUGUGUGGCACUAGAAAGAUAACUUAAUUCAAUCAAUUGUUUUCUUCUGUUGAUCUCGGGCUGAAUGCUGUGACCUGCUCUGCGGGAUUUGGAUAGCAGGGACGUCGACUUCCUGCUUUUUAGGUCUUUAAAACCAUCCACUGAAGUCACAUGACAAUACAAGUCACCUGACUGUUUGUUUCCUUUUUCUUUCUUCCAAUAAGUGGUGUAUGCUGUGUGCUAUUGUAUGACAAGUAGCCUAAACUUGUAUUAAUUUUUGCCUUUUUGGAAGGGUUUAGCUCCACUAAUAUUUGAUCUUUUAUUCACUAUUGAAUGUUUUCCUUUUUAUUUUUUAAUGCGAGCUGAUAAAUUCACAACGUUGUGUGUGUGAGUAAAUGUGGACGGCUGGUGUGACUUAGAUCUGUGCUCGUUAGGUUAUUAAUCAUUUUCAGUUUUUGGUCUGGCUGCUUUACCAGUGUGUUUUUGUUUUUAUCCUUUAGUUAUGCAAGUUUGUACAAACAUCUUUAUUUAUAUACUGCAGUGUGCGUAAUCUUCCAAUAAUAAAGAAUAAAUUGUAUGAUGUAAAUAAAUUAUGUUCACAAAUAUAAAA